UGUAGUAGUAAACAAUUAGCUAGCUUGCGUUUGCUACAAUGUAUCAACGCUCAGUGAGCACGACUGUUAUGUGGAGGUUGCGUAUUAUCGAUUAAAACCCUGUUUUGUAUUUUAGUAUACAAUAAAACACUGGAUUAGAUAUUUCACGCCGAUUUGUGAAUGUAAACAGUAUACCUUCGUCAUCUACCGUGGUCUAGCUGCUAUACAGUAGCUAUCGUCGCUGAACUCGACUCCUGCUCUUCGUUAACAGACAUAAUUAGACAUUCGCGAUGAAUUGUCGCUCGGAAGUUCUUGAAGUAACUGUGGAGGCGAGACAGGUUGAAGAAGCUAUGUUGGCUUUGCUGCACACAAUUUUACUGCACCGGAGCACCGGGAAAUUUCACUACAAAAAGGAAGGCACCUACUCCAUCGGCACUGUGGGCACACAAGACAUCGACUGUGACUUCAUAGAUUUCACCUUUGUCAGGGUGUCCUCAGAGGAGCUGGACAGGAUGAUCAGGAAAGCGGUGUCUGAAUUCAAGGAUGCUUUGAGCAACUCGGGCAGCGACGGCAUGGGACAGAUCUCCCUGGAGUUCUACCAGAAAAAGAAGUCUCGCUGGCCUUUUUCUGACGAGUGCAUUCCUUGGGAAGUGUGGAGCAUCAAGGUGAAUGUGGUCAACCUGGCCAAUGAGCAGGAGAGACAGAUCUGCAGGGAGAAAGUGGGCGAGAAGCUGGGUGAGAAGGUGAUCAACGUCGUUGAGGUCAUAAAUCGCCACGAAUACCUGCCAAAGAUGCCCACCCAGUCAGAAGUGGACAAUGUGUUUGACACCACUCUUAAAGAUGUUCAGCCAUACCUUUACAAAAUCACAUACCAGAUCACUGACUCACUGGGUACUUCUGUUAGCACCACUAUGAGAAGGCUGAUUAAGGAUACACUAGCAUUGUGAGAGAAAAUAUUUAUGGUGUGGAUCUUUCAUAUUGCUAUGGUCCUGCUGUCAUUUCUUUUCUAUGUUUUGUCAGCUAUACAGCGGAACAACGAGGCAGUGUCAGUAUAAUGGUGUUCUAAUGUCUUUGUUGUGCUUCUGGUAUCAUUUGUACCUUAAGAGACUUAAUUAUGUAAUCUUCAUUUUAACAAUAUCUUGCUUGUGCAAGCUUUCCCUUUUCUCUCAUACACACUAGCAAAUAACCGUGUUUAUCAGUUUGAUUCCUUAAAAUGUUCUCUUCUUGAUAAUGUCAUCAGUGCAUUACUGUAAAUUUUGAAUAACAA